AUGUCCAGCUUCGACCAUGUGCAAUACAUUCUUCUUGCCGAGUUUGAUAUUGAUAAAGGAGCGUCUCUGAAAUACCAGUAUCCUAAUGAGACCGGAACCGAUGAACAUAUUCUAUCCGAGCUGAUGCUUCCUGAUGGAGCUCAUCUAAGAGCAGAAGAUUGGACAAUCUUUUGUCUAAACCAGAUGAUCCCUGAUCCAGAAACCGAACAAGAUGUCCUUCGUAGUGAUAAUGAGAAACCAUUACUGUAUGUUCUGAAUCUGGUACGAACUAAACACGAUGUAACAGCCCGAAGAGGUGCUCGGGUCAAAGCCAUGGCGAUUUGCACACACCAUCAAUUCCUUCACAUAUACAAACCGGUAUUAUUGUUAGCCAUGGAAAAGUAUUUCGAGAAUCCGUCCAGAGAAAUCCUUGAAUCACUUCACAAGGCUGUCAAUUCAAUGGACCUAUCAAACAUGCCAAGACUAACCUGGCAUGAGCGUCAGAUCCUGAGAGCUUCGGACAACAAGUCAAUGUUUGAGGAGAUGUUUUCUGAAAACCGAACGCUUGAGGAUGAAGAAGGAAAAUGUAGGAGAGGAACCUACAUUGAUUUGGCAUCUGGUCAAAUGCGUGAGAUCUCGGCAGCCUUGGGAAAAGAUCGAAGAUUCUUUGAUACAAGAAUCGAAUACGAAGGCAUAAAAUUGCCUAUUCGUAUUCCAUUAACUGUCAAUGCAGAGGAAGUAGGAGAUUUUUCUUUAAUCAAACUCAUUUCCACCUUUUCACCAGCAGCUCACAGUGGCUCGCCUAAUCCACACCAUCCUCAUCUCGACAGUCCUGGUGCUUACACUCACCCAAUAAUGAUUUUAUUAAAUGCGCUUUUGACACAAAAGAGGAUUGUAUUCUUGGGCUACGGACAUCCUUCGGGCGAGGUAGCCAAUUAUGUAUUGGCUGCAUGUGCACUUGGCAGCGGCUGUGGAACAGUUCUCAGAGGAUUCACAGAACGAGCAUUUCCUUACACGAAUCUGACAAGUGUUGAUGACCUCUUGAAAUGCCCAGGAUUUGUGGCAGGCGUAACAAAUCCCACGUAUGAGGAGCACACCGGAUGGUGGGACGUGCUUUGUAACAUCAGUACCGGAAAAAUAACUGUCAGCAAAGACAUGGCCCCAGCAAUUAUUCGGAAAAACAUACACACUGACGAGCCUUCUUUCUCUACACUCUCGAUCAACCGUGCCUCGACUGCAGCCAGUCUCAAUCUACGUAUGGAUGACAAGAGCAAUCGUGAAAGGGAAAUGGACAAUGAUUUUAUGGCAGAAGUUCUUGCUGCUAUUCAUGCGCAUUAUGGCGAAACGUCGAUCCGUUCCAAAUUCCAGGAAUAUGUCAUGCGUUUUGUGCGCCUGGCUGGUUUGUACGAAGAAGAAGUCUAUCAUCAGACGAAAAUAGGAGGAUCACAGCGUGAGGAUGCCUUUGAUCCAACCGGUCUAUUAGGAUAUGGCCCUGUGUUCCCAGACGAAGCAACAAAACAACGUGAAUUUGCUGCAAAUGCACAACGUAUCGAAGGCUGGAGACAGACUAUAUCAUACAAAUAUUAUCAGAAAGAUUUUGUAGCACUGUCACAGAAGAGUAGUCUCAAGAACAUUGAUGUGUAUCGUCAGAUUUACAAGCUGCGGCAGUUGCGCAAUCUUCCGGAUACAGAGAUCAUUGCGAUCUAUGAAGCAUUUCUUGACACGACUACCACUGACCGUCAGAUGAUUGAGUUUUUGUCUUUCUUGCCACAGCACCAAGGAGGACUUGCGCCUCUUGGACUCGGAUUCUUCCAUUCUUCACCAACUGUACGCCGAUGUACCAUUGAGCUGUUUAAGCGGCUACAGAAAAACCCUACUGGUGAUAAGUUUAUUCAAGGUCUAUCUAAAUUCCAGAGGCUUGCUUACGAAAGAUUGUGCCGAUCUACUUCCGUUGAUGAACAUGAGAAUACCCCUCCAGUUUCUGUUGUGUGA